AAUGUGCACCCACGAACGGGACAAUCGGUCAGCGAUAUACUGCUUCCUGGUUUAUUAUCCAGUCACAACUGAUAAGCAAUGACAAUAUUACCACAUUCCAAUCCGGAAUUAGGCUGUGUUUCGUGCCGACCCAAACGGCUGCUAGGGGGAUCUAACAAACUUCUACAUCUUACGCACACCAUCGCGCAUGGACGCGUUGACGCACCAGCUGAGGGAUUUUUUUUCUUUCACCGGUGAAUACGAACGUCGGUGAAACGGACAAAACCCGUCGAAAAAAUUAGUUAGUUUCUCACGUGCCUACCUGGCUGUCUGCGUUCGAUUUUGGCAUUCGGUCGCUGCGUGAUCUUGCGGCGUGUUGAUUCGUCCUCCGGGGGUGUUCGUACUGUGUUGACGACUGCGUUUGUGUAUCUCGUUUCGUGGCAGUUUGUGGAUUUAUUUUAGGAAGAAGCUAAACUGCGACCCACCCUUCUUGAAGUACAGCUGCUGUGUUGUUGCUGCUGAUUUUGCUAUUUGCUGACGAGCAGUUUGUUUCGCGUAUUCCGGAACUACGAUGGAGGGUAAAAAAAUGAAUCCUGAGGCCGUUUCGCAUUUAGAGCACAUCUGCUCACUCGACAUUGACUCGACAACGCCAUUCGUGCGUCUGUCCGGCAUUAUCUGUACGAUUGGACCGGCCUCGGUUUCGCCCGAAAUGCUGGAAAAAAUGAUGGCAACCGGAAUGAACAUUGCUCGGUUGAACUUUUCGCACGGUUCCCACGAAUACCAUGCCAAUACGAUCAAGAACAUCCGAGAGGCGGUCGAAAACUACUCCAAGAAGCUGGGCAAACCGUUUCCGCUGGCCAUUGCGCUCGAUACCAAGGGUCCCGAGAUCCGUACCGGUCUGAUCGAGGGUAGCGGAACCGGCGAGGUUGAGCUGAAGAAGGGUGAGAAGAUUCAGCUGACCACGGAUAAGGAGCACCUGGAGAAGGGCAACAAGGACAAGAUUUACGUCGAUUAUGUGAACAUCGUAAAGGUGGUUAAGCCGGGCGACCAUGUAUUCGUAGACGAUGGGCUGAUUUCGCUGGUUGUGGAAAGUAUUUCGGGCGAUACGCUUACCUGCACGGUGGAAAACGGUGGCAUGCUGGGUUCGCGCAAGGGUGUUAACCUGCCUGGUGUCCCGGUGGAUCUGCCGGCCGUGUCGGAAAAGGACAAGUCGGAUUUGGUGUUCGGUGUGGAGCAGGGGGUGGAUGUCAUUUUCGCCUCAUUCAUCCGUAACGCGUCGGCAUUGAAGGAAAUUCGUGCCAUCCUUGGUGAGAAGGGAAAGCACAUCAAGAUUAUCUCCAAGAUCGAAAACCAGCAGGGCAUGCAAAAUCUGGACAAGAUUAUUGAGGCCACUGACGGUAUUAUGGUCGCGCGCGGUGAUCUCGGUAUCGAAAUCCCGGCCGAAAAGGUAUUCCUGGCACAGAAAUCGAUGAUUGCGCGGUGCAACCGGGCGGGUAAGCCAGUAAUUUGCGCCACCCAGAUGCUGGAGUCGAUGAUAAAGAAGCCGCGUCCGACGCGUGCCGAAAUUUCGGACGUCGCCAACGCCAUCAUCGAUGGUGCGGACUGUGUGAUGCUGUCGGGUGAGACGGCUAAGGGCGAGUAUCCGCUUGAGUGUGUGCUGACCAUGGCCAAAACGUGCAAGGAAGCGGAAGCUGCCCUGUGGCAUCGCAAUCUCUUCAAGGAUCUGGUCGACACGACGCCAACGCCACUGGAUACGGCCGCUUCCAUCGCAAUCGCUGGUGCGGAAGCUGCGAUCAAGAGCCGCGCCGCAGCUAUCAUCGUCAUUACCACCUCGGGCCGUUCGGCCCAUCUGAUCUCGAAGUAUCGACCACGCUGCCCGAUCAUUGCCGUGACGCGUUUCCCACAAACGGCACGCCAAUGCCAUCUGUACCGAGGCAUUUUGCCCGUCAUCUAUGAGCAACCUGCAUUGGAAGACUGGCUGAAGGAUGUCGAUGCACGUGUGCAGUACGGUAUCGAGUUCGGUAAGGAGCGUGGAUUCCUGAAGCCGGGCAAUCCAAUUGUCGUGGUUACAGGCUGGAAGCAGGGCUCCGGAUUCACCAACACAAUCCGUGUGAUCAAUGUUGAAUAAAUAAGACACAACGUAUCAUCAGGGCGUCAUCUAGAGGGGUGUGGUCAAAUGUGUCACGUCUAAAUCUACCAACUAUGGCCUCGGAGACAACAGUCCAGCACAGUGUCUAUAAGCGGUUAACUGGGAACCUAGUAUUUUAUUUGUAUAUCAUUCGACAUAAAUUACUAAAGGUUUUCCCAACUCAUAUAAUAGUGAAUAACACACACACUCACAUCCCGAGACAUUCAAUGUCCUUUCUCUUGCGCUGUUCCUUUCAUGCGUUCAGUUUAUUUAUUGUAACUUAAAGUCUAAAUUAUUUUUAUUCACACUGAAUUAUACAUGUUGUCUUUGUGGUUUGGUUUGGCACCGGUCAAACAUACCCUCACAAGCAACAUAUUGGCCACUAUUGGCUUUUAAUUAUGAAAUUUUAUCACUAAGUGCGAUGAAAUAAAAUGAAACACUUAAUAAACGAUACAAAUCAGUUUAAGCGUUCGCAUGAAAUGAACAGGGAUAUUCGUAACAGUCGACCAGAAGGAGGGAAGGACAAAGAACACUGGGCUAACAUUUUCCACAUGCCAAUAUAAUCAUCAUGCGCAGCAUAAACAUUGUUCAGUACUAGUUACAGGUUAAUAUGCGUCAAAGUGGCGAAUAAAAGUUAUGACACUAAACAUGUAGAA